GUGAAGUGUGAAGUGUGAACUAGCUUAGUUUUUAGAUAUGAUGACUUUAUGUAUUUAAUUAAACCCCCAAUUAUUAACAUAAAAGUAGUGCGAGAUCCGUUCUUGUUGCAGGCCUAAAAAUAAACAGUCACAAAUUUGAACUUUGAAAAUUAAUAUAUCAUGGAUGAAUAUACAAGAGAACCAUGCCCGUGGCGUAUCCUUGAUGACUCUGGCGGUGCGUUUAUAAUGGGAGCGAUCGGUGGUGGACUAUUUCAUUCGAUAAAAGGUUUCAGAAACGCACCACUAGGCUUCAGUAGAAAAAUGCUUGGCAGUUUGGCUGCAGUAAAGGAGCGCUCUCCAAUAGUCGGGGGUAAUUUUGCUGUUUGGGGUGGUAUGUUCUCUACCAUAGACUGCUCACUUGUGUACAUGAGGCAAAAGGAAGAUCCAUGGAAUUCCAUUAUGAGUGGAGCCCUCACGGGGGGUAUCCUGGCUGCAAGAAAUGGUGUACCGGCAAUGGCAGGAAGUGCACUUAUUGGAGGAAUUCUCUUAGCUCUAAUAGAAGGCAUUGGUAUCAUGUUCACAAGAUUAACGGCUGAACAGUUCAAACCACAGCAACCGAUAUUUGAAGAUCCUUCCAUCUUAGGUCAAAGUCAAGGACAGGCUCAGUCUUACCAAUAG